AUGCUCCUAUCCACCAGCGCCAAGACAAGCACGAGGAAGUCAUUCGAAAGCAUCCAUCGCGACACCUCCGAAGAAAAGUCACAGUCUGUCACGCCGCCCGCCCGCGAACAGAGCGAGCCGCUCAACCACUCGUCCGCCAUCACGUUCGAGUCGGACGACUCGAGCUUGCGGCCCAGUCUGUCCGACAUUGCCAUUGGGGUGAGACUCUACUUUCAGUACUGUCACAGACAGCCCAUCUGGUGCUUUGACCACGAGGAUGUCCAUGACUGCGGCGCCAUACCGGAAGAGCUGGCCUGCAGCAUCCUCGCGCUGACGUCGCGCUUCCUGGACAACCGCAGCCAGCUGCAGUUCCACGGGGAGACGGCCAAGACCCUCAUCAUGCUACGCAUAGCAAACGGCACGGUAGGCCUCGGAACCGUUGAGAGCUUGUGUCUGUUGUCUUACUCGUCUUUCGUAGAUGGCAACCACCAUCUCGGCCAGUUCCAUCUGGGCCUUGCGUUCCAGGUCUGCCGCUCCGCCAUGCUGGACCUUGAGUCGUCCUACCGGAUGGACGACCCGCUACAGGAGAGGAAGAAGCGGUGCUUCUGGAGCCUCCAGCUCUUGCAGCAGUGCUACGGUCGCCAGGAUGGGGUGUUGAGCCUGCCUAGCGACAUAUGGGGCCCCCUGUACGCGCCGAGCAACGGCGGCAGCACAGAGCUGGAUCCCACCGUGCCACCGUUGCCGCGAGAUGAGCUCGGCUGCGCGGGACCGCACGAGAGUGGUAUAUGGAACACUGGCGUGCAUCUCGCGUGGGUCUGGAGCCAGGUGAGGAAGUAUGUCACGGACUGCGCGCACAACGUCCUGCGCGAGCCCUGGCGGCGCGACUCGCCCUAUGCCAGGGUCAUCUCCGACUUUAUGGAGAUUGAGAACAGGAUACCAGUGUCCCACCGGUACGACACGGCCAAGUUCUACAAGCGGAAGGUCGAGGAGAUCAAGGUCAACCGGGACUACUGGGCACCGUGGCUGAGGGAGCAGUUCACGUACCACGCCAUCCACACGGUCAUGAACCACCCGUUCAUCUACAUCAUAGGGGCACAGCACAACCCCAAUCUCGCGAUACCCAACACCUUUUGGAAGCGAUCGUCCGAGCUGGCGCUGCUGCACGCAACAUGGAUCGUCCGCAUGAUUGACAUGGUGGUGGACAAGCAGGUGCCGCUGGCCGAUCCAUUCUUCGGACACGUCGCGGCGAUCGCGGCGACGGUGCAUCUAUACUACUGCUGCGCCGCGGCCGCACGAUUAAAGCACAAGUCGAAUGCCGACUUUACGAAAUGCAGGAGGUUUCUCAAGAACUUUAUCCCUUACUCGGCAGCGUGUGCUGGACUGGACAGGAACCUCGACAAGAUGACGCGCAUGGCGGUCGGCCCUGAAAGCAUGGAUGUCGAGGACUGGAUGCCUUCCAAAAUCUACCUCAGCAUCCCCCUCAUGUGGGAAACGCUACGUUUCACCACAGAACAAGGAUCGCUCCCGAACCAGAGUGGAGGCAUCCUGGACGGCUCACUGAUUCCCCCCAUGUCCCACGAGGACACAGACGAGGACUCGACCAUUGAGAUCAUCGUCGCCACAUCGCCAGAGAUCAUCAUCAACACGGCCGAGGGCGGGCAAGAGGCGCCCUCCUUCUCGCACCGCGGACCGGGGCAGUCCUCGAGGAGUGCGGCAUGGAACAGCCAGAACAUUGUCAACUCGGGAAGCAAUCAACAGCCACAGCACCGCGGAGCAGGCGGCGGAAGCAGCAGCGGCGGUGGCGGUGGUGAAAAGCACGGGGAGCAGAUGGACUUUCUGAGCUUCAACUUUACGCCCUGGCUGUACGCCGACUCGGCGCAGUUUGCCAACAUGGGCGACAUGGGAUUAGCCGACCCGCAGCCUGCGAUGCCCGAGGACAGGGGCUCUGCGUGGUGGCAAGGCGAGAACUUUAGCAAUAUCAUGUUCAAUCAUUUCUGA